GGAAAUUUGACUUGCCAAUCUCCCCUGAAUUGAAGUGAGGGUGGAACGGUAACGACCACCCGCAAUCCAUCCCAACUGUCAACAUACGAGUUGAGCGUCUCUCCCUGACAUAUUUUCAACCUUCAACUGCUCGCUCGACCUAAAGAAAAAAAAGUUUGCGGGUCUGUCUUGUUUUGCAUAGCGUUGGCAAGAAUCUCGAUUACCUCCUGAAGGACAAACCAUUUACUUAGUCUUUUAACAUCACCGCACCGGCCUUCGACACCGCUGCCCGCCAUGGCUCCCGCUGCGACCGAGAGCGCCUCCCCCAUUGGCAUUGCCAACUUGCCCAACCAGAGGCACAAGAUUGUGGCAAAACGUGGUGCCGCCUUUACUAUUAUGGUUGCUGGCGAGUCGGGAUUGGGCAAGACCACAUUUAUCAACACUCUGUUCUCCACAACGAUCAAGAACUACGCCGAUCACAAGCGCCGGCAUCAGAAGCAAAUCGACAAGACCGUAGAGAUCGAGAUCACAAAAGCUGAGCUCGAGGAGAAGUUCUUCAAGGUUCGGUUGACGGUUAUCGACACCCCGGGUUUCGGCGACUAUGUGAACAACAGAGACUCGUGGAUGCCCAUCAUCGAGUUCCUCGACGACCAGCACGAGUCUUACAUGCUUCAGGAGCAGCAGCCGCGCCGCCAGGACAAGAUCGACUUGCGAGUGCACGCCUGCUUGUACUUCAUCCGCCCUACAGGCCACACCUUGAAGCCCCUUGAUAUUGAGGUUAUGAAGCGUCUCUGCUCGAGGGUCAACCUGAUCCCCGUCAUCGCCAAGGCCGACACCCUCAGCCCAGCAGACCUUGCCAGGUUCAAGCAGCGCAUCCGCGCUGUUAUUGAUGCACAGAGCAUCAAGAUCUACCAGCCACCGGUCGAGGAGGACGACGAGGCUGCUGCCCAGCAUGCACGCAGCCUGAUGGCCGCCAUGCCCUUUGCGGUGAUUGGUUCCGAGAAGGACGUCAAGACGGGUGACGGCCGUAUCGUCAAGGGCCGCCAGUACUCAUGGGGUGUUGCCGAGGUUGAGAACGAGGACCACUGCGACUUCAAGAAGCUGCGCUCCAUCCUCAUCCGCACUCACAUGCUCGACCUCAUCCACACAACCGAGGAGCUGCACUACGAGGCCUACCGCGCACAGCAAAUGGAAACCCGCAAGUUCGGCGAGGCCAGGCCCCGCAAGCUCGACAACCCCAAGUUCAAGGAGGAGGAGGAGGCGCUGCGCAAGCGCUUCACCGAGCAGGUCAAGAUCGAGGAGCAGCGUUUCAGGCAAUGGGAGCAGAAGCUCAUUGCCGAGCGCGACCGCCUCAACAAGGACCUCGAGCACACCCACGCCACCAUCAAGCAGCUCGAGGGCGAGCUCGAGCAAAUGCAGGGCAGCGCUGCCCGUUCGCAUGGCCGUCGCUAAGCGUUCGAGUCUGUUGGGCUGGAUACCCGGCUCUCCUAAGUGCGAACAAAGCCUUGGCAGGAUAUUAUUUUCUGCGCUUUGACAAGGUUCAUCCUACCAUCUUUUGACCUUCAUCCAGCAGCUCUUACAGAAUCAGCAUUGGGGGUGGUUCUGUUGGAGUUAAUGGACAUGUGGGCGACUUGAUGACAAAACAGGGUUAAUUCCUCGGUCCACGAUAUCACGAUUUGGGCUCUAUCUAUUUUCAUUUGAUUUUUGGUUCCUUUCAUCCCCAUCUUGUUUCUCUCUAGGGCGGCCGGAGCAAAAAAACCUGAGAAGAAAAAGCGCGGGAUCGGCGUCAACAUUGUGGGAGGGCCACUUGCAGCCAGUAGCUGGCGCUUGGUACCGACAACAUUUUGUGCGCCUGGAACUUGCUUUUCUCUUAUCUGGACAUUCUCCCAUUCCUUAGACUUACUUAGUUGUGAUGUAAUUCAGCCUCGCAGUUGUGAUACCAGUAUAAUCAAAAAAAUGGCUGUCUUUGUUCGACCGUG